ACAUAUAUCCCGGGCACGCGCUUCUCGAGAGAGAGAGAGAGAGAGAGAGAGAGAGAGAAUAAAGACAUCUACCGGAGAAUUACCGGAUUAUUCUGCACGCGACGACACACACACACACACACACACACACACAUGCAGUGUGUUUAAUAUAAUAUAAUAUAAUAUAAUUUAACACACAGCGAUGCGCCUGGUGUAAAGUCCUCGUGCGCACACUGUGUCUGUGGCUUACCUGUCACACAGCACGCAGUCCGGGCUCGCGCACAGGUGAGAGCAGGUGAGGUGAGAGGAUGCGCGCGGCCGAAGAGGACAGACUGGCGAAUGAGCUCACGAGCGCGGCGGCGGCCGGAGACACGGCGCGCGCUGAGCUCCUGCUGCAGAACGGAGCGGAGAUCAACCGCGCGAACCGCUUCGGGAGAACACCUGUACAGGUGAUGAUGAUGGGCAGUGUGAGCAUGGCCAGCCUCCUGCUGUCACAUGGUGCGAACCCGAACAUGGCGGAUGUGAGUACGGGGGUGACGCCGCUACACGACGCCGCGCGCGAGGGUUUCCUCCUCACUGUGCAGCUGCUGGUCAGAGCCGGAGCUGACGUCACGGCGCUGGACUCCAGGGGGCGGAGCCCAGCCCAGCACGCACUGCAGGCUGGCCACGCCCACAUCGCCAAGUACUUACACACCCUCUAAUCCUCCCCUGCUCUCGCUCUCUCUCUCACACACACACACACACACACACACUUCCUCUUCAUACAGGAAGUGUUAGCAAAGCGGCUUUAUUUACUGUUGUUAUAAUUAACUUUAAUAACAUGUAAUAAUGUUUAUAAACUGCUUAUAAACAUGCUGAUGACACUGAAGGCACUUUACACAUUUUCUUUAUUUUAUUAAACUUUAUUAAUGUCAUGUGUGUGUUUAAUACUACGAUGUAUCGUAGAUCUGAUUAUUAAUGUUUCUGUGCUGGAACACUGAAAUAUGAACCUGAUUAUUAAAUAAAGACGAAAUAACAGAAUAUUUAAGUAAAUAAAUAAAUAAAUAAAUAAAGGAGAUAAUUCUUCAGCAUGUUUGUAUUCAUUCAGCUUUGUGUCCUUUCUGCUGUGCUGAUUCAAAUCUAGAUACAUAUCAAGUGUUAA